AUGUCGAACUCAUUAGGUAGCCUCAAUAGAUUCCCAGGCGAGGUUAGGAAUGAGAUCUACCGUCACUACGAAGCAGUUGAAAUACUUUAUCUCAAGCCAACGUUUGAAAUUUGUAUCAAGUGGGAGGACUUUGCCACCGAUAAGUAUGUGCGCGAAGGAAAUCUUGGCCAGGAGAAACUGUCAAAGUUUGACGCUUUUACAUUCCAAAGAAUGAGCAAUGUGGCUCUACAUGUGGAUGUUCUGUCAGAGGACCAUCCAGAAAACUUCGAUGGAGAAAGGGGGGCGACAUAUAAGACUUCUGCGCAUAAAUGGUUCAAAGAGAGAUUUGCACACAAGGUCUUGCCUGGCGCUCGUGUGAAGAUCACGUUCCAUGAUGACUGGUCUCGUAGAUCUAAGAAAAGGAUCCAAGCGUCUGAUCUUGAUUUCGUACCUGAUUGCUUCCAAUUUCGGACGAUCGUCAUAGUUAGCUGGGGGUUCAGCGGAGCCUACUCUUUGAGGUCACAACUUAAAGGAUGGCAAAUCGACGAGCAUUGCGAUCCGGCACUUAGGAUCAUCAAAGCUAAGCUGGAGCCUCGACUCGGACCCGGUCUCAUGGAGAGAGGCCCUUCGAAUACCAAAAGCCGAAUUCCGGAGAGCAGAAUCACAUUUCACCCAGGCAAAUUAUCCGAGCUCAAAGUAGGCGAAGGCUACGCCAACCCCAACGACGAAUGA